GCGGGGCUGGCGCUCUGAAAGCUUCCCGCCGGGGCACGCGCCUGUUUAGCGGGAGUUUCCCGCCACCACCGUUCCCGCAAUCUGCGCGGAGCCCCCGGCGGGAGGGAGCCGACCCCGCGCGGCCCGGCCCGGCCCGGCCCCGGGGCAGGAUGCGAGCGAACGGCUCCGUCCUGAACGGCUCCGUCCUGCCGCGGGACCCGCCGGCCGAGGACGCCCCGCGCCGCCCGCCCUGGGUCACCUCCACCUUGGCCGCCAUCCUCAUCUUCACCAUCGUGGUGGACCUGCUGGGGAACCUGCUGGUCGUCCUCUCCGUGUACCGCAACAAGAAGCUGCGGAACGCAGGUGAUCCUUGGACUUCUUUUUGUGUCCAGAGAGAAUGGGUAGCCUGACAAAUACUUGACUCAAGGGAGAUAACUAACAGAAGAUCAAGUUGUAGCACAAAUUCAGGGCUCUGAUGAAAGCUGAGAUAUUGAUGGCAUUAUUUCAGACAUAACUUCAGGUAUUAAAAAUGGAAAUAUAUUUGUGGUAAGCCUGGCAAUUGCAGACUUGGUCGUAGCAAUCUAUCCAUAUCCACUGGUCCUCACAUCUGUGUUUCACAACGGAUGGAACCUGGGAUACCUUCACUGCCAGAUUAGUGGCUUCUUGAUGGGUCUAAGUGUCAUUGGAUCAAUUUUCAAUAUUACCGGCAUCGCUAUCAAUCGAUACUGCUAUAUCUGCCACAGCCUCAGAUAUGACAAGCUGUACAGUGACAAGAAUUCUUUGUGCUACGUUGUUCUUAUCUGGAUCCUAACAGUUGUUGCUAUCGUGCCCAACCUGUUUGUGGGGUCUCUCCAGUAUGACCCUAGGAUUUACUCAUGCACGUUUGCACAGUCAGUGAGCUCUGCGUAUACAAUAGCAGUCGUGUUUUUCCACUUCCUGCUUCCCAUGGCCAUAGUUUCUUUCUGUUACUUGAGAAUAUGGAUCCUUGUUAUUCAGGUGAGACGAAGGGUUAAACCAGACAACAACCCCAGACUGAAACCACACGACUUCAGAAACUUUCUAACCAUGUUUGUGGUAUUUGUACUGUUUGCAGUCUGCUGGGCUCCCUUGAACUUUAUAGGCCUUGCUGUGGCGGUCAGCCCAGAAACUGUAAUCCCUAGGAUUCCAGAGUGGUUGUUCGUGUCGAGCUAUUACAUGGCAUACUUCAACAGCUGCCUUAACGCUAUCAUAUACGGACUCCUGAAUCAGAACUUCAGAAGAGAAUACAAGAGAAUUAUUGUCAGUUUUUGUACAGCAAAAGUUUUUUUCCAGGACAGUUCUAAUGAUGCAGCAGACAGGGUGAAAAGUAAACCUUCUCCGCUGCUUACAAACAACAAUCAAGUGAAGGUGGACUCUGUGUGAAAACUGGAACCCUGUUAUUGUCCCUCCACAGCAUCCAAAUAAAGUAUCUGUUUUAGUGGAA